UAUUAACACCAAAAUUAGCUCUUAGAAAAAAUGAAGGGCAUUUAAAGUGAAACUUAUGAAGCAUUAAUGUUGAAAAAUAAUAUUUAAGAGUAAAAUGUCUUAUUCCUAUUAGUUAAUAUUUAUUUGUACUAUCCUCAUUCCCAGCUGUAAUGACCUGGAGGGAACUCAUCAGAUAAAUGUUACCAGUGUGAAGUUGUCUUCUGUAGAAGUCACAUUUAUAAUAGGAUAAGUCUAAAAAAAGAACAUUUACCCUGAAAGACUUUCCAACUCAUGUGACAUUUCUGUCAUUUAAAUCAUCUACUUGUAAGAGGUUGAGCUUACCUUUCCUCAGCUGAGCUGGAUGUCUUCUGUCUUCAGACUGAAUGCACCAUGGGGAAUGCACUAAGUUGCUUUGGGCCUCAGAGGGCGGGGCUUCUGCUGCCUUAGCUGUCAAUAGAAGAAAAUCAUACAUGUGAGAAUCAGCCGAGUCAACAAAGCACAGCAGCUGCAGGAACAGAGCAGAUAUGACCACCCUCUUCUCCAGAUAUCCUACUGGCAGGGAUGUCCAGGUGAAGAGCAUGGAGCAGGCGGUGAAGGAUGCAGAGAAGUACCUGGGGGAGAUCUGCUCGCUGCUGGCCUCCUACACCAGGAAGACGGCCAGACUCAGAGACAAGGCCGACCUGCUGGUGGCUCAGCUCUUUGAAUUCUCCAGCAGAGAGGACCCCGAGCUGCAGAGCGGCCUGAAGAACCUGGCCGAGGACCUGGCCAUGGUGCAGGACUACAGGCAGGCUCAGGUUGAGAGACUGGAGACAAGAGUUGUCGCUCCUCUAAAAGCCUAUGGAGAAGUAGUUAAGAAUAAAAGGGCAGAUCUGAAGAAGUUCAGCACGGAUCUGAACAGAGAGCUGAAGGAGAUGCAGAAACUGGAGAAACUCCGACUGAAGAACCCGGCGGAUCGACAGAGCAUCUCUCAGGCAGAAGUAAAUGCUCAGAAGGCGUCGAACAAUGCCCAUCGCAGCAUCAGACAGCUGGAGGAGAGCAUCACAGACUUCCAGAGGCAGAAACUGGAGGAUAUCAAAAGGAUUUUCACAGACUUCAUCACAGUGGAGAUGCUGUUCCAUGCCAAAGCGCUGGAGGUCUAUGCACACACAUGCCACAACCUGGAGGAGAUGAACAUCCAAAAGGAUCUGGAGCUGUUCAAUGGACGGAUCAAGAUGUCCGACUCCCUGGCUGGACGCCUCUCUCCUCUGAGCUCCUCUCCUCCCCUCACCGGCCUCUACCUCACUCCCCCUCUGGCCUCCCCCAAAGGUCAAACCUUCAGGUCAACGCUGGCCUCCACCACGGGCCAACACCACAGACAACACAGCCAGCUCCCAGACACCGUCAGGAGGUCUCGCAGCACCUUACAACGCCAGGGAGGCAUGGAGGAGGAAGAGCUGGAGGAGGAAGAAGAGGAUGACGAAGAAGAAGAUGAUGAUGAUGAUGAUGAUGAUGAAGAGAUUUCUGAAUCAGAGGAAGAACAGCACAAAGGCAGACAGUCGUACGCUGCUCAAUAUGCCCAGAUGCGCAGAGGGCAAAAGUAAAUGACUAUGCAUGGAAGAGGCCAACAUUUAAGUGCAAAACUGCAUUGGGGAAAAAUUCCAUUACACUUAAUUAAUAGUGUAUCUCUAUAAACUCCAAUCCCAUUUGUAAUAUGUUUGCAUAUGAGACUAAUUUAUAUAUUACAGACAGGCAGGCAUCUUUAUAUUUAAUGUAGCUCUUCAAAAAAAAAUCUGUGUACGACACAUGCUUAUUCAUGAUAUUGUAUUUUUACAUGACGAUAAUUUUUCCCUGUCUUUAUUUAACCUAAAAUAUUAAAAUGAAGUUAUAGUUGUAUAUUUAUAAUUUUUUGCAGAUUUACUCUGACUUUUCCCUUCUUUUGAAGAAGUCUUUCAAGUUGAGCGUUAGAUUUUUGGUGUCUGGAUAAGUGUUACACUUAUGUGAGAAACCCCAGUGCUCUAGUUAUUCUGACUGAAACCUGCAAAGCAGCUUUUAUUCUUGUUUCCGUUCGGCAGAUGCCAUCUACACAUUGUUUUAACUGGAUAUAUAGCCAU